AUGAAAGUUACUUUCAAGACGUUGAAACAGCAGACGUUCGUUUUAGACCUUCAGGAAGAUGAUUUAGUUGGUGAUGUUAAAAAAAAAAUCGAAGCAGAAAGGGGUGGUGAGUUCGUGGCAAGCACACAGAAACUGAUACAUUCAGGGAAAGUUAUGGAAGACACUAAGUGUUUGAAAGAUUACAAAGUGACGGAUUCAGGUUUUGUUGUGGUUAUGUCUGUCUCAAAAGCGGCCAAAGAUACACCUAAAGAACCGGUGAUUGCGAACCUAACCAGUCCCGCCUCUGAUAAUAAACCUGUCGCAGAGAAGAAAAAUACUGUAGCGGAUGUUAAGGAGAACACUGGCAGUAAAUCGAGUCCUGUCUCCCACAACAGCCCACCUGCAGUUGCCGCCACUCCAUCGGAUCACUGUAAUACUCUGGGCAUUGGUGAAAGUUCACUGGUCACUGGCGAAAAUUUUGAGCGAGUUGUUCAGGAAUUGGUAUCUAUGGGAUAUGAAAGGUCAUCGGUUAUCCGUGCAAUGAGAGCAGGUUUCAACAAUCCAGACAGAGCAUUUGAAUACCUUUCAUCAGGAAACAUUCCAAACGUCGACAUAGUUGAGCAGUCACCGGCUCAAAGAGAAGGAACUGAAAGCGUAUCUCCAGAAGCACCUGGCGACGUUGAUGUCCCGAGCUCAGAGUCAGUAAACUCGGAUGACCCAAUCACAGUUCUUGCUAGUUUACCUCAGUUUCAACAAAUGAGAGCGCUAGUACAAGCAAAUCCUGAUCUAUUACCACAGCUCAUUCAACAAAUCGGGAAUGAUAACGCGGAUUUGUUCAGGCUCAUCCAAGAAAAUGAACAAGCAUUUCUGGAGUUUUUGAAUACUCCAGCCUCCGGUACUCCCCGUUCUCCUGGUCAGCGUCAAACUGUGCUUACGAUGACUGCUGACGAACGUGCUGCCGUGGACCGUUUAAAAGCUUUAGGCUUCCCUGAGGAGUUGGUUAUUCAGGCAUAUUAUGCGUGCGAGAAAAAUGAGGAUGCAGCGGCGAAUUUCCUUUUAAGCGAAAACUUGGACGAUGAAAUGGUAUGA